AAAAACUGCCUCUUUCCGAAGGGUUUCUUACAUAAAGCACCUGCCUUGUUCCCUGAUAUUUCGAUGUAGUCUGAUGAUGAUCAUCAAUACAUGUCAUUAACAUUUUCUUUGGGAUUUGGAUAAAUCAUACUUUAUUCUUCCACUUUAUAUAUACCCCCUGCAUCCUUCCUCAACAUCCUCUGUAGCCUCACCUCUCUCUGUCUCAGCAUCAUCUCUUGCUCUUCCUUUUUCCCUCGGCCAUUCCAUUCCAUUCCAUUCCCAUUGGCACUCCAAAGUCUCGCGGUACAGAGGAGUUACCGAUACCCAAUACGCAGAGAGAGAGAGAGACUUGCAUUGGAAAGCGAUCUCUUAAUAAUAUCAAGAAUCGUACUUUUGAAACCACCCCCCCACCAGAAAAAGCGAGCUCGUGUGUUAGGCACAAAAAAGAGAGCUCCUUCCACAGUGCCCGAAACCACCACCACCACCACCUUUAUUUCUGUUUCGCACAUCGCAUCUCUCGCUUCUCUUUUUGCUCUCCCGACCCUUCGCAACGUGAUGAACACGCCGUCGCCGUCGUUGCCGGAGAUGCUUCACUGCGCGGAGAUGACGGUCCUCGAGCGGCAGCGGGCCCGCGGGAAGUGGCAACAGGACGACCAGCUUCAGUUCCACGUGCAGGGCGAGGGGCAGAGGUGUCACUUCGGCGGUGGGAGCGAGUUGAACGGCGCGUUUAGCUUCGGGCAGAGCAUUGAGAGCUUGAUGGGCGGCGGCUGCGAGGCGGUGUUCGAGGAGGUGCUGAACCACCCGAUUAAGCCCGACCCGGGUGUGGAAAGCGGGUGGCUGGGUAGCUUCGACUUGUCUGGCUUGGGCUACGGGGCGUGUGGGUUUGGGGGUGGGAGCGCGUUGGAGGUGAAUUUCGCCAUUAACAGGACUUUGAGCUGCCCUCCGGCGGCGACGCCGGCGGUGACUGUGGAGAAAGGUAAGGAGUUUGUGGUUUCGGAGAAGAUGAGCCAAGCUGGGCGAGAGAAUUCCAAGAAGAGGAAAGUGGAUGAAGUGCACAACACAAAGAUUGAAGAUGAUUCCAGAGAUAAAAGGAUCAAAGGGUGCCCUGAAGAGGUAGAGUCAAAGAUCUCAGAGCAGAGCAACAACAAAACCAACAACAACAACAACAAAGAAGCAUCUGCAAGCAGUUCAAAGGAAAACUCAAAGGUCUCUGAUGUCCCAAAGCCCGAUUAUAUCCAUGUCCGAGCACGUCGUGGUCAAGCCACAGAUAGCCACAGCUUAGCCGAAAGAGUGAGGAGGGAAAAAAUCAGCGAGAGAAUGAAGUUCCUUCAAGAUUUAGUCCCAGGGUGUAACAAGAUAACCGGGAAGGCGGGAAUGCUUGAUGAGAUAAUUAACUAUGUCCAAUCUCUACAAAGACAAGUAGAGUUCUUGUCCAUGAAACUGGCUGCUGUCAAUCCGAGACUUGACCUAGACCUCGACAACAUCUUCACGAAAGAGAUGAUUCCUGCAUGCGCGGCGAGCUUUCCAACAACUGACAUAUUGUCGGAUAUAACAAAUCCAGCCUACCUUCCUUUUAGUCCAACACAAACGGUAGUGUCGUGCUCUGGCAUGGAAAUAGGAAUCAAUCCCGACUUGGGGCUCCGAAGGACGAUAAGCGCCCCCUUGUCAAUCCCUGACACAUUUGUCGACUCGUCCUGCUUCGCUCAAUUGCAGCAACCUUUGACAUGGGAUCUCGGUUUGCAGAGUCUUUACAACAUGGAGUUCCACCAAGGAAAAACAAUGGCCUUUCCAUCUCAACAGUUGACAGGUUCGGUUGAGGGCAAUAAUCUGAAGAUGGAGAUGUGAACCAGUAUCUCAUCCUCAUAACUUCUAUGAAUUUAUUCCAAAAAUUGUUGGGAUCCAGAUUUUUUCACCUGUCUAUGUAUAGAAAGAUAUAUUUGUACGUACAUUUACGCCAUUGGUAUGAAUAAUAGUAGUCUCAACCUUUCAUCGCC